GUACGCUUUAGGAAAGAUCGCUGUAACGUUAGUGCAGUUGAAGGACGUGGAAAAGUAGCACUUUUGGGUUUUAUGUGAAAGCGCUGGACCUUUACUUUCGAAAAAAAACUGGAACAACUCACCGGUAAGUCCGAAGAGCUCCAAGUAGGCGGAUGUUCUAGAAGGAUUCCACCCAGGUCCUCCUCCAGAUAAGGUUUGCUGGAAUGGGUAAUCUACUCAAAGUCCUGACAAGGGAAAUAGAAAACUAUCCCCAUUUUUUCCUGGACUUUGAAAAUGCACAGCCUACAGAUUGCGAGCGGGAGGUGUGGAACCAGGUGAAUGCCGUGCUGCAGGAAUCUGAGAGUAUCCUGUCAGGCCUACAGGCAUACAAAGGAGCAGGACAGGAGAUACGAGAUGCGAUCCAGAACCCCAGUGACAUGCUCCUGCAGGAGCGAGCGUGGAACUCGGUGUGUCCGCUCGUCAUCAGACUCAAGAAGUUCUACGGCUUCUCCAUCAGGCUGGAGAAGGCCCUGAAGAGCCUGCUGGAGUGCCUGACGUGUCCGCCCUACACGCCCACACAGCACCUGGAGAAGGAGCAGGCCCUGGCCAAGCAGUUCGCCGAGAUCCUCCACUUCACGCUGCGCUUCGACGAGCUCAAGAUGAGAAUUCCUGCCAUCCAGAAUGACUUCAGUUAUUACAGAAGGACUAUCAGUCGAAACAGGAUAAAUAACAUGAAUCUGGACAUUGAAAAUGAGGUCAACAACGAGAUGGCCAAUCGGAUGUCCUUGUUUUAUGCGGAGGCCACACCCAUGCUGAAGACCCUAAGCAACGCCACAACAAACUUUGUCACUGAGAAUAAGACGUUACCCCUGGAAAACACAACAGACUGUCUGAGCACCAUGGCCAGUGUGUGUAAGGUCAUGCUGGAGACGCCAGAGUACAGCAGUCGCUUCAACAGCGAGGACACGCUGCUCUUCUGCAUGCGGGUGAUGGUGGGCGUCAUCAUCCUUUAUGACCACGUGCACCCCAACGGGGCCUUCAACAAGUCCUCCAAAAUUGAUAUGAAAGGAUGCAUAAAGGUCCUGAAAGAACAGCCAACGGAUAACGUGGAAGGUCUUCUAAAUGCCCUGAAGUUCACCACCAAACAUUUGAAUGACGAGUCCACUCCGAAAAACAUCAGGACUAUGCUUCAGUAAAGUUGUUUUGUUUUUGUUUGUUUUUGUUCGAUUUGUUUUUAUAUAUAUGAGGAGGAUCAAUGUACUGACCUCAAAGAUGUAUAUGUUUACAUUAUUUAAGGACUUGAUGUUAAUACUUGUGUGUAUUUACAUAGUCAUUCCCUCCAUGUCACUGAAACAUUGAGAAAAUGUACCUUUUUAUUCUAUAAAAUCCAAUCUACCAUCGCU